AUGAUGGGACACUCAUCCGACACACAGAGUUCAGGGCCGAACCUAAAGCGUAAAACAUCGGACAAAGAACUACCAAGCAUAGCCCAGCAUCAUCCUGAAAAGUCAUCCGAAUGUGUAGAACCACUUUCGAAGCGAUCAAGAAACGAAAGCGAGGCGGAAGAUCAAAAUUCACGCCUGAGUGAGAAGGUGAAUGGUGUAGCGCUAAUCAAAGACGAGACUAGAUACCGCAUUUCCACUAUAGAUCAGGUGCUCAACCCUGCCUGCGGUGAUGCCGACGAAAAAAGUUUGCCUCAGCGACGCGAAAACAAAUCUCGCGACCACAGCCGAAAGAAGAGUAAAGGGCAAAAUAAGAACCGAGACUUUGGAUCCUCCGAUGACCGUAUCCGUCUCUGUAAUAGUCGUGCCAACUCCUCUGAAUUUUCUCCCAAGGAAUGCUCUUAUGGUGACAACUGCAAACUAAGUCAUGAUUUGCGAGGCUACCUUGCACUUGGCAAAAGGGAAAACUUAACAACAUUUGGCGGCAAGUGCCCUGUUUAUGAAGUUAAUGGGGUUUGUCAUGCGGGAUGGAAGUGUCGCUUUAUUUCAAGUCAUUCCAAAGAAGUUGAAAGAGAUGAUGGACGUCGAGAGCUAGUCCUCAUUGAAGAGAAUGGCUCAGACGCCAAAACUGAUAAUGAAUUUAGGACUGGCAUAUAUAAUAACGUCACUACAGCAGAAAAGUUGAGCCUGGCAAAGAGAAAGACUCCAACUGAAAAAGCUGACCAGUUCCUAACAUGGUUAGAAAAUGACCAAAAAGCCAUGGAUAAGAUUUACCACCAAAAACAUAAUGAAGCAGAGGGAAGGGAAGAUAUCGCGGAACAACGUGCUCAAUUCAUUGACCCUCCGCUUCGACCCUCCGAAAAGCGAAGAAUAUAUUUUGGUGCCGAAACACCCAUUCUAGCGCCGCUCACCACACAAGGCAAUCUACCAUUCAGGCGGCUAUGUGUAAACCUUGGCGCACAGCUGACCUAUUCAGAGAUGGCCAUGACAACUCCUCUUAUUCAGGGCUUAAAGACAGAGUGGGCACUCAUGAAAGCACAUGAGAGCGAAAUUUCACCUCCAAAAUAUACACCGACAUCGAUUAUUACUGGAUACGAUAAUUCUACAGAUCUCAAAUUUGCUGCCCAAGUAUCUGCCAGUAAGCCUUGGCAAGCUGUCAGAGGGGCGGAAGUUAUAACAAAUCUUGUUCCACACCUCCGUUUGAUAGAUCUAAACUGUGGUUGCCCCAUAGAUCUGGUCUUUCAAAAUGGCGCUGGAUCCGCACUCUUGGAUGCAAACUCAAAGUUGGAGAAGAUGAUCAGAGGAAUGAAUCUAGUUUCAGGAGCUACACCUAUUACUGCUAAGAUCCGUAUGGGAACUAAAAACGACAAACCUACAGCGAAGAAAACUAUUGAGAGGCUAGCCUUUGGCGGUAAAGAGCUAAGAGAACGUCUCGGCGCUCCUGGCUGCGCUGCUAUAACUCUGCAUGGACGUAGCCGGCAGCAAAGAUACACCAAGCUUGCUGACUGGAAAUAUAUAUCCGAAUGUGCCACUCUGGUCAAUUCCUACAAUAAGAGGAAGGAUGAGUUGACAGAUACAAUUGGAGAACCAGACGAUCGUACCAUGGCCAACGGUGGAAAGAUGUACUUCAUAGGAAACGGUGACUGCUAUUCGCAUGUUGAUUAUUUUGAUCAUCUAAAUAAUUCUGGUGUACACGCUGUCAUGAUAGCUCGUGGAGCCUUGAUUAAGCCAUGGAUAUUUGAAGAGAUUGAAAAAUACCAAUACCUUGAUAAAUCAGCUACUGAACGCCUUCAAUAUGUCGAGAAAUUUGCAAAGUAUGGACUGGAGGCCUGGGGUUCUGAUGAAGUUGGAAUCGGUAGAACUCGAAAGUUUCUCCUUGAAUGGUUAAGCUUUUCUCAUCGAUAUGUCCCUAUUGGUAUCCUCGCCCAUCUACCUCCAAGUCUCAACGAUCGACCACCAGCAUACAAGGGAAGAAAUGAUUUGGAGACGCUCUUGGCGAGUGAGGAUUACUUGGAUUGGAUAAAAAUAAGUGAAAUGUUUCUUGGACCAGCUCAUAAAGACUUCAAAUUCCAACCCAAGCAUAAGUCAAAUAGCUAUGAAAUUGAAGCAGAGGGAUAA